ACACGGGAAACUGUACGGCCGGGAAUAACGAGCACAACCACAAGGACUGAAUAGACAUUGGUACCCCGUGUAACUAUACUCUCUUGAGGAAGCUAGCGCCUUUAUAGAUACCCACAUAGAUAUCUUCAACCUACGACAUAGCAUAGCGCUAUGGAGGGGGGUAAACCGACACUUGCACUUGUGUAUCAAGCCGUGCAGGCUCUUUAUCAUGAUCCGGACCCUGCCGGUAAAGAGCGAGCCUCCGUGUGGCUUGGGGAGCUGCAGAGAUCGAUGUAUGCCUGGGAGAUAUCCGACCAGCUCCUUCAAAUGAAGCAGGAUGUGGAGUCGUGCUACUUCGCAGCUCAGACCAUGAAGAUGAAGAUCCAGACGUCGUUCUACGAGCUCCCACCAGAGACGCACAUCGCCCUGCGUGACUCACUGCUCUCCCACAUCCAGAACCUCAAAGACCUUUCCCCCAUCAUCGUCACUCAGCUGGCUCUGGCCAUAGCAGACCUUGCCCUUCAAAUGGCUUCCUGGAAGGGCUGCGUUCACACCCUCAUUGAAAAGUACAAUAACGACGUCAGCUCCAUGACGUUCCUGAUGGAGAUCUUGACGGUGCUGCCUGAGGAGGUGCACAGCCGCUCCCUGCGUAUCGGAGCCAACCGAAGGACUGAGAUCAUCGAGGACCUGGCCUACUACUCUAGCACCGUGGUCACCCUACUGGUGACGUGUGUGGAGAAGACAGGCAGCGACGAGAAGAUGCUGAUCAAGGUGUUCCGCUGUCUGGGCAGCUGGUUCAACCUGGGAGUCCUGGACAGCAACUUCAUGGCCAGCAACCAGCUGCUCAUGGUCCUCUUCCAAGUGCUGCAGAGAGACGAGACUUCCACCAACUUGCACGAGGCCGCCUCGGACUGCGUGUGCUCGGCCCUGUACGCCAUCGAGAACGUGGACACCCACAUGCCGCUGGCCCUGCAGCUGUUCCAGGGCGUGCUCACGCUGGAGACGGCCUACCACAUGGCCGUGGCCCGAGAGGACCUUGACAAAGUGCUCAAUUACUGUAGGAUCUUCACCGAGCUGUGCGAGACGUUCCUGGAGACCACCGUGAGGAGCCCGGGCCAGGGCAUGGGAGACCUACGGACCCUGGAGCUCCUGCUCAUCUGUGCAGGACACCCCCAGUAUGAGGUGGUUGAGAUCUCCUUUAACUUCUGGUACCGUCUGGGAGAGCACCUGUAUAAGACCAACGACCCAGCCUUGCACGGAAUCUUCAGACCCUACAUCCAGAGACUGUUGCACGGCCUGGCCCGCCACUGCCAGCUGGACCCUGACCACGAGGGGAUUCCAGAGGACACGGAUGACUUUGGGGAGUUCAGGAUGAGGGUGUCUGACCUGGUCAAGGACGUCAUCUUCCUGGUGGGCUCCAUGGAGUGUUUCUCCCAGCUGUACUCCACUCUGAAAGAGGGGAACCCGCCUUGGGAGGUGACUGAGGCAGUUCUCUUCAUCAUGGCCGCCAUCGCCAAGAGUGUCGACCCGGAGAACAACCCCACCCUGACGGAGGUUCUGGAGCAGGUGGUGCUGCUGCCUGAGACGGUCCACAUCGCUGUCCGCUUCACCAGCAUAGAGCUGGUGGGGGAGAUGAGCGAGGUCGUGGACAGGAACCCACGCUUUCUAGAUCCCGUGUUGAACUACCUGAUGAAGGGCUUGAGGGAGAAGCCGCUGGCCUCGGUGGCAGCCAAGGCCAUCCACAACAUCUGCUCAGUGUGCAGAGACCACAUGGCCCAGCACUUCCAGGGGCUUCUGGACAUUGCCAGAGCCCUGGACUCAUUCGCCCUCUCCACCGAAGCUGCUGUCGGACUUCUCAAAGGUACUGCCCUAGUCCUGGCUCGCCUGCCUCUGGAGAAGAUAGCAGAGUGUUUGAGUGACCUGUGUGCUGUGCAGGUCAUGGCCCUUAAGAAGCUUCUGUCUCAGAACCCCAGCAAUGGGAAAACUGCUGACCCCACUGUGUGGCUGGACAGGCUAGCGGUCAUCUUCCGACAUACAAACCCCAUCGUGGAGAACGGACAGACGCACCCCUGUCAGAAAGUCAUCCAGGAGCAGAUCUGGCCGGUGCUCUCGGAGACUCUGAACACACACCAGGCCGACAACCGCAUCGUGGAGCGCUGCUGCCGCUGCCUCCGAUUCGCCGUGCGCUGUGUGGGCAAGGGCUCGGCCUCCCUUCUACAGCCCCUGGUCACUCAGAUGGUGAGUGUGUACCAGGUGUAUCCCCACUCCUGCUUCCUGUACCUGGGCAGCAUCCUGGUGGACGAGUAUGGGAUGGAGGAUGGUUGCAGACAGGGACUACUGGACAUGCUACAGGCUCUGUGCAUGCCCACCUUCCAGCUGCUGGAGCAGCCCAAUGGCCUCCGCAACCACCCCGACACGGUGGACGACCUCUUCAGGCUCGCCACCAGGUUUGUCCAGCGCAGUCCCGUCACCCUGCUCAGCAGUGGCAUCAUCGUCCACAUCAUCCAGUGUGCCAUCGCCGCCACCACGCUCGACCACCGGGACGCUAACUGCAGCGUGAUGAAGUUUGUCCGAGACCUCAUCCACACAGGGGUCAGCAACGACCACGAGGAUGACUUUGAGGUGCGGAAGCAGCUGAUUGGCCAGGCCAUGGAGCAGCACGGGCAGCAGCUGGUCACCCAGCUCAUGCACACGUGCUGCUUCUGCCUGCCGCCUUACACCCUCCCAGACGUGGCUGAGGUGCUGUGGGAGAUCAUGGUGUUUGACCGGCCUACGUUCUGCCGCUGGCUGGAGAGUGCUCUGAAGGGGCUUCCAAAGGAGACGUCAGGAGGGGCCGUGACCGUCACACACAAACAGCUCACAGACUUCCACAAGCAGGUCACCAGUGCGGAGGAGUGUAAACAGGUGUGCUGGGCUAUCCGGGAGUUCACCAGAUUGUUCCGAUAGCCGCGCCCCAAAGAGAUCUGCCAGAACACCAGGUUAAAUCUUUUGUUGGCAAAUGUUCAGAGGUGACGGCAAAAAGGCUGAAGACUGCGGACAAGAAUCUAAAGGGAACUCCUACUGGAUUGAUAAGCGGGACUUGGCACUGUGGAAAGCCAAUAAGACGCAUCGCUAGGACUGGAGCGACAGGGUGAAACAAACCACACAUUUUGCAAGAGGAGCCCCCCCAACCCCCCUUCAGCUCCCUCUUGGUUCCCUGCCUCAUUGUUGCCCCAGAGGCGGGUGGCUGCAGUGUUGGAAGGGGGCGAGAUGGAGGCAGGCCCAAGGAGGAAGGACGUUCACCGACUGAAUGGACUGAAAUGGAUUAGUUCUGCGUCAGUUGGAUUUCUACAGGAUCCAUCUUCAAGAAGAAGAACAAAAUACGACAACAAAGAAAACAAAACAAAGGAUGUGCCUGGUUGCAAAUCAUAAUGCAUCAAAAAAAGACUUGUAAGUUUUUAAAAAUUUAGAAAUGAUUUAUUUUCAUGGACGUGUCUUUAGAACUUUAAAACAUGGUCUUGCUGUCCGUGCCAUAUAAAAAAUGAAUAGCAAACCCAUGAUGCCCUUCACAAAAUGGCAGCCAUUGCCUGUGGGGGGCAUUUAGGAAAUGGUGGAAGGGGAAUGCUUGGAGAUUUGGCGUCACCUUUGACCUUUUUAAACAUGUUGGCUGGAGUUUUACUGUUAUUUUGCCAGGAAGACUAUGGUGACAGGUAGGUCAAGCGGAUAGUGGAUUCUGGCAAAUGAUUUUUUUUUUUUUUUUUUUUGUUCCAACUGGUCCAUUUUUGGGAGAGGCAGACACUACCAUUGGCUAUGUAGCCUUGUUGUGAACAAUAAAAACAACUGUGAGGAACAAA